AUGGCUCCAACCCGCAGCAUGAAAUCGAAUCGACUAACAUCCAUUUUAUUUACUUUUCUUCUCGCUACAUCUGCAUCUGCACUUUGGGGCCUAUCAUCUCCCUUCCCUUCGCGUCAACAGCCACUAGCUCUCGAGCACCAAGAGCACCGAUCCAUAAUGGAUAAGAUUCUCCCUGGUGUUGUCCAGCCACAGAAGACGGUUCCGAAUGAGGAUUUGACCUCGAAAGACAGCGCUAGCCCUGUCAUUUCAGAUGUCCUGCCCAAGACCAAGGGCAUCAAUAUCUUUGCGCGGUUGACCCGUGACUUUGAUCCCAUCGCCAGCCGCCUUAACGAUGCGUCCAAGAACAUAACAGUUCUAGCACCACGCAACAGUGCAAUCCAGGCUCUUCCACGGAAGCCCUGGGAGAAUCCAGAGGAUUACAAGAAGUUCGGGGAGGUAAAUGCAUAUGAGGGCCAGGAUGGUCAAGACCGGGCGAAGCGGAAUCUACAGCGAUUUGUAGAGGCCCAUCUCAUCCCGGUUAGUCCUUGGAGAGUUGGAGAAGAGGUUGAGACUCUUGCAGGGGAGAAGUUGAAAUGGACGAAGGAGGGUGAUAAGAUCUUUAUCCAACCUGGCAAUAUUGAAGUUGAUUCAAUUGCGGAGAAGGUCAAUAAUGGGGAAGUCUGGAUUUUGAACGAUGUUAUUAAUUACCAUCAAGAGUGA